AUGUCUAUCAUGCAAGAUGAAAGUUUGGACACGGCUCGUAAAGCGAUUCGAAUGCGGCAGUUGAUCACCACAUGUCAAGAUUCAUUCACCUCUUUGGAACGGUGCAAUAAACCGGUGAUAGCCUCUAUUCAUGGUCAUUGCAUCGGAGCGGGUAUCAAUCUGAUUGCGUGUGCUGACAUACGUUACGCUUCUGAGGAUUCUGUGUUUUCGAUUCGAGAAGUAGAUAUCGGAAUUGCUGCGGAUGUGGGCAUAUUGAAUCGAAUCAAUAAACUGGUCGGGAAUGAUAGUCUUACCAGGGAAUUGGCCUACACUGCGCGUGAUAUGUGUUGCUCUGAAGCACUCGAAUUUGCGGAUUGUUUAGAGGCAUCGAUAAGGUUGGCAGGUGAAAUUGCCAGUAAAAGUCCGAUUGCAGUGCAAGGCACGAAGGUGACGUUGAAUUAUGCCCGUGAUCAUACGGUGGAUGAUUCG